GGUCCCCGGGGGGAGGAGGUUGUGAUAUGCCUGAAUUACAGCUCCCAGAAUGCAAUGGGGGGGGGUGCUCUAGGCUGAGAUUUGCCGGUACCUGCAGCCGCACGCAGACAGGGAACUGAGCUGAGGCGUGGUGGUAGGGGCCGGAGGGUUCCUGGGAUGUGGGAGGCGGUACAUGCAGCGCGAGGGAGGAGGGUUAAAGGGUCAAGUAGGGAUACAGCAGGUAUUAGCCUAGAGCUGGGGUGGGGGUUAAAUUCAGAGAGGAGAUGGAAGGGAAAGAGCCAGAAGUGAGCCAACAGCUGGAUCGAUUCCCCUGCUGGCAUUAGGGUAUAUUAGAGCCUUACCUUUAACAUCCUGUCCUGCACUGUUCUCUCCCUGGCUUUUCUAGUCUGCUUCUCUGAGAGAAUCUGACACACCCAGACGGCAGAGGGCUGCUGGAGGCAGAUGGGAUCGUGGUGGCAAUUCCUUCUCCUCUCCAUCCCAGUGUCGCUGCCUGGAAACUUGGAUUACCUGGAAGGAAAUGGUGGCUGGUUUACGAACAAGUACUUGGCUCUGAUGGAAGAAGACCACUGCACUGUGGAGAGGAGAGACGCUUCCCUGACCUACUCCCAGUUCAUAGACCAAUAUGCUUUUUCCAGGCCUGUUAUUAUCCAGGGGAUCACAGACAACUCGGAAUUCCAGGCACUCUGCACGAGGAACAAGCUGCUGGCGGAGUUCGGGGACCGCCUGGUCCGUCUCAGCACUGCCAAUACCUACUCCUACCAUAAAGACACACUCUAUUUCUUUGGAGACAAUAACUUCACCGAGUGGGGCUCCCUCUUCCAGAAAUACAUGCCACCUCCGUUCCAGAUUCCAGGCACCAGCGGGGCCUACAGCUUUGGGAUUGCCGGCUCCGGUUCUGGGGUUCCCUUUCACUGGCACGGCCCGGGUUACUCGGAGGUGAUCUUCGGCAGGAAGCGCUGGUUUCUGUAUCCCCCUGAGAAAACCCCUGAGUUCCACCCCAACAAGACAACUCUAGCCUGGCUGCUGGACACAUACCCAUUCUUGCCGCCGGAGGAACGCCCUGUGGAGUGCACCAUUCACCCUGGCGAGGGGAGGGCUGAGGCCUGUGUGAACCACUGCUCCAGCGCCAUGGAGCACCAGCAAUCAAAAGGAGCUUGGGAGUUCCAUACCCUGUCAACAGAGGAUCCUAGUCUGAGGCAGGACAAGUGUGCUGUAUUUCCCCGAUCGCUGGUGGCACGCCACCCUCAACUUGGACACAAGUGUCUUCAUCUCCACCUUCCUGGGGUAGAAACUCAGGGCUUUGCCUACCAGCCUGCCAUUCCUCAGGAGCUGAAUUGUUCACUUCCCUCCCGCCAAAGCCCUGGGAUGCUGCUGGUGAAUUCUAGCCAUCUCUUUCCACUGUAACCCUGCAGGCAGAGCUGGACUCUGGCAGUGGGGCUGAUCCAGCUCUAAUCCAUCUAGGAUUUAUCCUGGUCUACAUGAGCACCCCCAUCAUUCUGUGAUGCAGCAGCUGCUGAGGUUGGGUUGGAGGGGGAACCCGUCUCCUUUCUCCUAUACAGGGCGGGAGCUUCCACCAGCUGGUGGCAUUUUCUGCUGUACUUACAACUCUGCACUUUCUGUUCCUCAGCUCCAUGGGCAGAGCUCCUCCUGCCUGCCUGCUCACUCCACCCCCUUCCUUCACAUCCGCUUUGUGUUUCUAACAUCUGAGGAACAGAGUCCAUGGCAGAAGGCAGAUUCUAGCUCAACUCUGGUCUCUAGGCAGGAGUGACAUUACUAUGUAGGCUCUUCUUUAAAUAGACCAUUGGUCAGUAGCACAGAACCAGCCACUCCAGCUCUAGAGCUAAACCACCAGGUAUGGGGCAUGGUCUAGUCUCAGAUGUCCUGGUAUCUGCCCCUGGUGACCCUCCCUCAGCAGCUCUGCUGAGAACUCAUUUCCUGGUGCUCAUUCCUGGGUGCAGGGAAAAAUUGAAGGACCAGUGUCUGUUACCCGGGAAUCCCCUGCGGCUGGGGGUGGCUGGGCUGGCUUUCACUUGAAUGUUAAUGUUCAAGCAGCAAAGGAUACUUGAAGUAGGAGUUUAGGUUAUUUAUGGGCAUUUUCCCAUUUCAAAUCUGGAUUAAAAUAUAACUGCCUUA